AUGUCUUUCCCAAGCUUCGAUCCCUCGCAGGGACAACCUGCUCAGUUCACCGAGAACGGAAACACUGGCCUCACCCAGGGUCAGCCACCGAUCCAAAACAUGCAGCAGAACAUGCCCGGCAUGCAACAAACUCCCCAGGGCUCCGAUGCCCAGGCCCCUUUCCAGGGACAAGGUGCUAUGGAGCAAGGCCAAGGUGGAUCGACUGGCGCUGCUGACUCCAAGACCACUCUCUGGAUGGGAGAGCUGGAGCCAUGGAUCGAUGAGAACUUCGUCCGCAGCGUUUGGUUCGGAAUGGGCGAGCAGGUCAACGUCAAAAUGAUCCGUGACAAAUUCUCUGGCAACGCCGGCUACUGCUUCAUUGACUUCACCACGCCUGAGGCUGCUGCCAAGGCUCUUUCCUUGAACGGAUCCAUGAUUCCCAACACUUCGCGCCCAUUCAAGCUCAACUGGGCUUCCGGUGGCGGGCUCGCUGAUAGACGUGAUGACCGAGGACCCGAGUUCUCUAUCUUUGUUGGUGACCUUGGCCCAGAGGUCAACGAAUAUGUCCUGGUCUCGCUUUUCCAGUCCAGAUUCCCAUCUUGCAAGUCUGCCAAGAUCAUGACUGAUCCGAUCUCCGGCAUGUCGCGUGGCUACGGCUUCGUUCGCUUCUCCGAUGAGGGAGACCAGCAGCGCGCUCUCACUGAGAUGCAAGGCGUCUACUGCGGCAACCGCCCCAUGCGUAUCUCCACCGCAACCCCCAAGAACAAGUCCGGCGGUGGUGGACCACCUGGUGCCAUGGGCGGUAUGCCUGGCGCCCCAAUGGGAGGCAACAUGGCCCCUGGCAUGUACUCCAUGGGAGCUCCCCCGAUCGGCUACUACGGUGCCCCCCAGCCAAUGAACCAGUUCACUGACCCCAACAACACCACCGUCUUCGUCGGUGGCCUCUCUGGCUACGUCACCGAGGACGAGCUCCGCUCUUUCUUCCAGGGCUUCGGGGAGAUCACCUACGUCAAGAUCCCACCCGGAAAGGGCUGCGGCUUCGUCCAGUUCGUCCAGCGCCACGCCGCUGAGAUGGCCAUCAACCAGAUGCAGGGUUACCCCAUCGGGAACUCCCGCGUUCGCCUGUCUUGGGGACGCUCCCAGAACAACUCUGGUCCCGCUGGAACCCCCUACAGACCGGCUCCACCGCCACCACAGUACCAGGGCAUGGGCAUGCCACCAUCCCACCCCUAUGGAAACUUUGCUCCUCUUAAGUAA